CAAAUUGACCAAGAAAAUUUGAUAUCCUUCGAAUCUGGCAAUGUGAUCUCAUCUUGUAUCUUCCUUCUCGAAUAAAAUAAGGGAAAAUAUCACUUAGAGAAACAAGUUUUGCUCUUCUUGAUGGGCUUUUUCUCAUCCCAGUCAAUGGUUUUAAUGUAGGUCUAGACCUAACCCAAUUAUAGAUGGAUGUAUCAAUUGGCUCUGGACUCUGGGUUCUUAUUGGAUUUGAAUUGUGUCUACAUGUAAAUGGAUAGGGUUUUGGUGGUCGGGUCUAGAUCAGAUUCCCCCCAAUGUCAAAUAUCAGACUUUGUGGCUUUGGGACGAGGAACCCAGCGGACAAUAGUGUCUCCGGGCCCUGGAAUCCUCGUUAAUCCUCUGCAGAAUGAUUCUUAAAUUAGGAUGACCUUAGGUUGGUUGUUGGUUGGUGGUCUAUCAAGUAGCCCAAGGUUAUCAGAAAGUUAGGUUGGAAGAGUUUGGGUAUUUAGAACCGUGAGGAAGGAAGAUCUAGAUAGAUUACUGCUGAGCUGCCUGCCUGGACCAUUAAAUGCCCGAGUAAAUACCUAAUUAAAUUUGCUUAUACAAGGUCGAAAACCCAAUUGAAUUUGUAAUACUUUUGACACUUCUUCAGAGCGAACGGAUCUCUCGGGAAUUUCCCACUACUAAGUGAGUGUGCCAGGAGUUCAUUUUUAGUUUUGACUAGCUAUCCUAGCUAGUUGAGGAUUUGAAGAACUUGAAAAUGGCAUCUGAUCAGAGUGCACUAAAAGAGUAGUAGAGUGAAGGUGAAGAAAGGGGUUCCAUCCAUCUGUUUGUAUAUGUAUGCAUUUAAGAGCGCCCGAGUGUAUUCUCAUUCAAGAAAUCCAACUGCUUGGUGGUUGUGGAUCCUAAGUGAGGUUCUUGUUGUGCCAGUAAGGUUGGCUUGAAACUGGUACUCUUCUUUUCACUUGAUUUGGUGAGUUUGUUGGAGAAAGUUAUGGCAAAGAAGCUAUCAACUUAGUCUACUUCCCUUGUUCAUUUAGAGCACCUCUGUUUAAAACUAACUUCUUCUUAGUUGAUUUUUACCGGGAAGGAAUAUCAUGGUUGAGGUUUCAUUUGAUAAUGGCAGAGCUAGGGAGCAUUGAGAACAGCCUUCUAGCUGCUAGGAGAGUUCUAAGCAGCAGCUUAGAAAAAUCAAGAGACCUAGCUUCACAGUUGGAUAAAACUGGGCUGAGACUUGAAGAUAUUAACCGGAGGUUGCCUUCGCUAGAGCUUGAAAUAGCAACUGUUGGGCACAAGUGCUGUCUUCUUGCAAUGAGAGGGCGGGUUGACCGUGCCGUUGGCCCUGCUGCUGCUGUUCUGAAAGUGUUUGACACAGUCCAUGGCCUCGAGGGCUUGCUCCUUUCUGAUGCAGGUUCUGAUCUCUUCCAUUACAUUUCGCUUGUCAGACAACUCGAGGAGGCACUGAGGCUUCUCACCAGUAAUUGUGGGCUAGUUAUACAGUGGUUGGAGGAUAUUCUGCAAUUCCUUGAAGACAACAAAGUUGAUGAUUGCCAAUACCUCUUGAAUGUCAGGAAAUCUUUGAGGAUUCUUGGAGAGCUGCAGGCAGCAGAGCAGCGGUCUCGUGUCCAUGGAGGGCCUCUCUUUGUCGCCUUUGAUAAGCUGGAAACUGAAUUCAGACAUCUCUUGUUGGAGAACAGUUUUCCCAUGGCUUUCUCACCCACCUUUGAUGCAGAUAAAGUCUGCUCUUCUGCACUACCUUUGCCUCUUCCUGUUGUUCAAAAGUUGCAAGCCAUUAUUGAGCGAAUGAGUGCUAACAAUAGGAUCGAAAACUGCAUAUCUAUAUACGUUGAAGUUCGAAGCUCAAAUGCUGGGACCAGUCUGCAAGCUCUCGACUUGGAUUACCUUGACAGAUCCUUAUCAGAAUUCGACAGCGUGCAGUGCAUGGAGGAUUGCAUAGAUCGGUGGGGAAACCAUUUGGAGUUUGCUGUGAAGCAUGUGUUCGAGGUUGAGUACAGACUUUGCGGUAAUGUUUUUCAGAAACUUGAUCCGGAUGCUUGGAUGAGUUGCUUCGCCGAGAUUGCCCUCCAAUCUGGAAUGCCUGGUUUCAUCAAAUUUGGGAGAACUGUCACAAAGGGUAAGAAGGAUGCAAUCAAACUGUUGAAGUUACUGGACAUAUUUGCUGUUCUGAACAAGCUGAGAUUGAAUUUCAACCGGCUUUUUAGAGGGAAAGCCUGUGUCGAAAUCCAAACCCAGACGAGGGAUCUCAUCAAGAAGGUAGUGAAUGGGGCUUGUGAGAUUUUCUGGGAGCUCUCAGUUCAGGUGGAGUUGCAAAGGCAGUCGGCCCCACCUUCAGAUGGCAGUGUUCCAAGGCUUGUAUGCUUUGUCAUUGACUACUGCAAUGAGCUGCUGGAGGACAGCCAUGAGGCCAUCUUGACUCAAGUUCUGGAGAUUCACCAUUCCUGGAAUCAGGAGAAGUUUGAGGAUGAGCAUGUGUCGAAACAGGUCCAUAGCGUAGUGAGCGCGAUUGAGCUAAACUUGGAGACAUGGGCAAAGACAUACGAGGACACUGCGCUGUCCUACUUCUUCAUGAUGAACAAUCACAGAUACCUCUCUGAGAAUCUGAAAGGGACAAAGGUCGGGGAAGUGAUGGGCGAGUCGUGGCUGAGAGCUCACCAGCAGGCCAUGGAGUAUUACUUAGCUCUCUACUUGAGAUCCAGCUGGGGAAAGCUUCCUGCUCACUUAAGCGAGGAGGGUCUAGUUUUGCUUCCCGGUGGCAGAGCCGGUGGUCGUGACCUGGUGAAGAAGAGACUCAAGGCAUUCAACCAGGCCUUCGAUGACAAUUACAGGAAGCAAUCUAACUGGAUUGUUUCAGAUAAGAGCUUGAGAGGGAAGACUUGCCAAUUGGUAGUGCAGAUUAUCAUCCCUGCUUAUACCAGCUUCAUCCAAAACUACUACUCGCCUUUGGUUGAACGAGGAGGAACAAGCCCCACCAAGCAUGUCCAACACAGUGCUGAGAGCCUGGACAACAUGCUAAGCUCUCUGUUUCAGCCCAAGCCAGCCAAGUUUGGUAGCACCAAAUGCACGCACUUGAUGGAUGCAAGCGGAAAAAGUGUAUCGAUUCGGGUUUGAUAUGGCAUGGCUGAUAGAGAAGGAUGAUGAUGACGAUAAAGAUCAACGGCUCAGAUCAUCUCACGUGCCUCCACCUUUGCAACCGAUUUGCG